CACGCAGCUCACAGGCCCCCCCCGCCACCCGGCGCCCCCGGUCUCUCACACAGUUAUUCUACAAUUUUCCCCAUCGGAAAUGGCUUCUGUAGCAUUUCGAAACCCUAAUUCGAGGCGCGUGUUCACACUGACUCCACAAAUAUACUCCUCCAGCUGCCGAGUAUCGGCCGCGUCCUCGGCGUUCUCAGUUUCCGAAUCGCCGAUCUCUUCCAAUGAAAUCCCCUCUGUUUCCAACCCUUGGUGGAGAUCCAUGGCGACCUUCACUCGCACAAAACCUCAUGUGAAUGUUGGAACUAUUGGACACGUUGACCAUGGAAAGACUACCCUAACGGCUGCAAUCACUAGGGUCUUAGCGGAAGAAGGGAAGGCUAAGGCCAUUGCUUUUGAUGAAAUUGAUAAAGCUCCUGAAGAGAAAAAGAGAGGAAUUACUAUUGCCACGGCACACGUGGAAUAUGAGACUGUGAAGAGGCAUUAUGCUCAUGUAGAUUGCCCUGGACAUGCUGAUUAUGUUAAAAACAUGAUUACGGGGGCUGCUCAAAUGGAUGGGGGAAUUCUAGUUGUUUCAGCCCCGGAUGGGCCAAUGCCGCAGACAAAGGAACAUAUUCUUCUGGCACGACAGGUCGGUGUGCCGUCGCUUGUGUGUUUUCUUAAUAAAGUCGAUGCCGUCGAUGACCCUGAAUUGCUGGAACUUGUGGAAAUGGAACUACGAGAAUUGCUUAGCUUUUACAAAUUUCCCGGGGAUGAAAUCCCCAUUGUUCGAGGAUCUGCUCUGUCUGCUUUAGAGGGUACAAAUGAAGAAAUAGGGAAAAAGGCUAUCUUAAAACUAAUGGAAGCUGUAGAUUCAUACAUUCCUGAUCCUGUACGCCAACUUGAUAAGCCUUUCCUGAUGCCCGUUGAAGAUGUUUUCACUAUUCAGGGACGUGGUACUGUUGCCACUGGACGUGUCGAACAGGGAGUGAUCAAACCAGGAGAUGAUGUGGAGAUUUUGGGACUUACACAGAAUCCUAGAAAAACUACGGUGACUGGUGUUGAGAUGUUCAAGAAGAUUUUGGAUUAUGGGCAGGCUGGUGACAAUGUGGGUCUUCUUCUCCGUGGCACGAAACGUGAGGAUAUCCAACGAGGAAUGGUCAUUGCAAAGCCUGGCACCACUAAAACAUACACAAAAUUUGAAGCAGAGAUAUAUGUGCUUACAAAAGAGGAAGGUGGUCGCCAUACAGCCUUCUUCUCAAAUUACAGGCCACAAUUCUACUUGAGGACGGCUGAUGUCACUGGUAAAGUUGAGUUGCCCGAAAAUGUUAAGAUGGUUAUGCCUGGGGAUAAUGUGACAGCGACCUUUGAGCUGAUAUACCCAGUUCCACUAGAAUCAGGACAAAGAUUUGCACUGAGGGAAGGUGGCAGAACUGUUGGUGCCGGUGUUGUUUCAAAAGUCAUAAGUUGAGAUGCAAAUACAAGGCUUUUAGGCCGCCUCCUUUCGACUAAUUUUGUUCACCAGAAGAGGUUUAAAAAUGAAGAUUCAUUUGUGACGUUAUUUGCAUGAUGAAGGUUUGUGUCCUAGAAUGGUUACAUUAGCUUGUCCGGGGACUUCUUAUUGAAUGUCAUUCUUCUUAAGGGUUGCUAAUUAGUGAAAUAAAAAACCACCACUUACAUAAGCACAAAAUUCCAAAUCGGAGGACUUGUCAAGAAAAAAAAUCUACCAUCUAGACGGGACACUGCUUGAAUUGUUGCUAUGUCAAAUCUGUAAUAUUUAAAUUGUUAACAAAAUUUAUAAUUGUUCAUAUUGGAACCUGCUUUAAGCAUGAUUUUGAUAAGUACCUUAUCGUAUAUUUGACUAUAUUUUAGUA